AUGCUGACCUCCACUCACACUGCAGCCGGCAGCUGGUCCGACCCUCAGGCUGUGACAGGUUGUUGUUUUCAGUCCAGUAGAAGAACAGCAGCAGGUCGGUGAGUGACGGCUCCUCUGGGCGAUGGUUUCUGAGCGAGCACAUGAUUUAAUGAUUAUCACAGAUUGUUUGUGUUUCUGCUGCUGUGAGGACUUCAGUUCCUCAGUCCCCUCAUCACUAUGUACCUCCCUGAGUCAUCGUUACCAUCAGUAAGGGUUCCUGGACGAACCAGUAGAGCCAGCUUCUCGUCAGGAAGCAGGUGUUCCAGGAAGCAUCAGGCCGUCGACCAAUAGAAACACAGAGAAAAAAACCCUGUACAUUGAGUUCAGGUAUUUGCAGCUGAGCGAGAAGCGUAACCUCGAUGAGGUAAUUGUUCAAAAGAGGAAAAAGUCUCACCUGUCAUUCCUCGACUGACUGUAGAUCGUUAAGAAUCUGCUGGUUUGAAAACCUGAUCCACUCGGACCAGCUGGGGUCCCAGAGGUCAAAGGUCACUCCAGAGUUUCACCCUCGUUAAGACGUAAUAACAAGUUUUAUUUAUGAAGCACAUUUCCGACACAGACGUGUUUGUAGAGACACAGUGAAAAUAAAACGGAUUAAAAACUGAUGUAAAAGACAUUAAAAUGAAUAAAUAGAGAUAAAAAGGCAGAAAUGUGUGAAAUAAACCUUGAACAUGUUCGUUCUGGUUUUAAAGAAAUGAAACAGACGUCGUGUGUCAGUCCAACAGUUAUUGUACAAGGCUGAUGACACUGUUCUUUAUGAGGUUACAUAAUUCAUGUUUACAUAAACAAUAGUUUACUUGUUAACAGCAGUAAUUAUCUCGUCUGUCGUGUGGAAUCAUUCAUUUUAAACACGGCACUUUAUGGCUUUGGGUUUUUCUCUCUGCUGCAUUUUGUUUUGAUUUUUUUGCAUUUCUGGUUGAAGUGAUGGAAUUAUGGUUUUCUCUUCUAUAAGAGGUCAUUUGGUUUGAUUUCAGGAAGUGGCAAACGACAGCAGAUACAAAGCUGCUGAUGAGCUCGGCCCCAUCGAGUAAAGUAACAUUAAUACAUAAAUCAAUAAGACGAUGAGUUCACGUUCUUUAACGUCACAUGAGUCGAGCUGUUCCUGAAACCAUUCAUCUCAAACCAGCAGAGAAAUGUGUCACCGUGUUUCUCCUGUGACUCGAGUGAAGAAUCCUCCGACAUGACGCCCUCAUCACUUCCUGUUUACAUUUCAUUCACUGCUGAAAAUUAAAUAACUUUUAUUUGUCCUAAACGUUUCUUUAAGGACGAGGGAGAAACCAUCAUUUAUCAUUUCAUCGGCUUCGGUCGUCCAGUUUUGCAUCUGGAACAAUUUUGGGACUAAAAACUUUGCUCUAUGAUUCCAUAGAUUAUGCUGAUUAUAUUAUUAUCAAUGCAUCUACUUGUGUUAAUCAAGGAUUCCUUUUCUGCACAGAGUGUUCUCUUUCAGUCUGAGCUCGUUUCCCUGAACAGUGAGGAAUCCACCGUGAUGGAAUGUCGACAGGUGAGAGCGUUUGUUGGAGCUGCUUCUGAUUUCAGGCCUUAAGGUUUCAACAGUCCAGUGGUUCCCAGCCUCUGGGUCGGGGCCCGCCCGAGGGCCACCAGGAGACUCUGAGGGGUCCUCCUCACAGGAAACAGAAACGUUCUCAAGCACAGAUGUUAUUUUAAAAUAUGAUCGUGGCUCAUUCGACCGCCUCAGGGACAUGAAUGACGUGAAUGGAAAACAUUCACGUCACUGGCAAAAAGACAUUUAUUUAAAUUAGAUUUAAUUGAAUCUAAUCAUUUAUUUCAUUGUUCCAUCCUGGUUCAAGUUGUUAAAGAUCUUUAAUUGAAUAUAAGUGCCUCCUGUGAACCUGAGGGUUGUUUAAUCACAGAAAGAUUCUUCAACUCAACAUUAAAAAUAAACUAGGACUUUUUUUGAGCUUUUAAUUACUCGUCAUUGUUAAAGUGUCAUAUUAAUGAAGUGAUUAAUGUGCUGCUGAACAGAAGCAGCUGAUUCGUGGUCAGGUGUGAGGGCGUGUCCCUGGCAGGUAACAAGGCCAGCGGUAGAGCCAGGCAUGUUUAGUAUUCUCGGGACAAAGAGAGAGAGAGAGAGAGAAAUAAGGUUUGUGCAGCAGAUCACAGGUUUCCAGCUUCACUCAUGGCGCUGUGCAGAGUCCUCUGUGUGGCGGCGCUGCUCGGCCUCCUGACGCCAGAGUCACACUCACAACUCGCUGAUUGUGGUCAACCUGCUCUGAACACCAGGAUCGUGGGGGGGGAGGUGGCCCCUGAGGGCAGCUGGCCCUGGCAGGUCAGUCUACACAGGUCUGGAGGUCACUUCUGUGGAGGAUCGCUCAUUAACAACGAAUGGGUGGUGUCAGCUGCUCACUGCUUCUCCAGCUCCAGCACAAACAACCUGGUCGUGUACCUGGGACGUCAGAGACAAGAAGGGUCCAACCCCAACGAGGUGUCCCGCACCGUGUCAAGGGUCAUCAACCAUCCCAGCUACAACUCACCGCCCAAAGACAACGACAUCUCCCUCCUGAAGCUCUCCUCACCCGUCACCUUCACCAACUACAUCCGGCCCGUCUGCCUCGCCGCCCCCGACAGCGUCUUCCACAGCGGGACCGACUCCUGGGUCACCGGCUGGGGCACGAUCGGGUCAGGAGUUCCUCUUCCUUCCCCUCAGAACCUGAUGGAGGUGGAGGUUCCGGUGGUGGGCAACAGACAGUGUGGCUGUGACUACGGCGUGGAUACAAUCACAGACAACAUGAUCUGUGCCGGGUUACGAGCCGGAGGGAAGGACUCGUGUCAGGGAGACUCCGGCGGCCCGAUGGUGAGCAAGCAGAAUAGCCGCUGGAUCCUGGAGGGCGUGGUGAGUUUUGGACAAGGCUGUGCGUUGCCUAAAUUCCCAGGAGUCUACACCCGAGUGUCCCGCUAUCAGGCAUGGAUCAACAGCACCAUCACCACCAACCAGCCGGGCUACGUCACCUUCUCCUCCAAUGGGACUGACAGCGACCUGAGCGUCACCUGUACAGGUCUCCCAGCGCCUCCCACCAUCGAGGUCCUGCCUACCAUCGAUGUCCUGCCUCCCAUUGAGGUCCUGCCUCCCAUCGAGGUCCUGCCUGACACCACCACCACCACCACCAUCCAGCCUCUCACCACCACCACCACCACCACCCCCCCCCACGACCACAGCCCAACCUGUGGUCUGCGGCCGAGCCCCCUUGAACACUCGGAUCCCGGGGGGGAGCUCUGUGGUGACGGCCGGCGUGUGGCCGUGGAUGGUGAGUCUGCAGAAGAAUGGAGGUCACGUGUGUGGCGGGACACUGGUGGCCGUGGACGCUGUGCUGAGUCAGGCCAGCUGUUUCUCCAGGUCACCCUCAGCCUCUGAGUGGACCGUGGUCCUGGGUCGUCUGAAACAAAAUGGAUCGAAUCCCUUUGAGGUGAAGCUGAGCGUGAGGAACAUCACCCUGAGCAACCUGACCGGCUCCAACGUGGCGGUUCUGCAUCUGGAGUCCCGACCGG